UAAGAUAUAAAAGAUCAGUGUAAAUUGGAUAAUCCGACCCACAAACCCGAUUCCAGUGGCAAAUUGAAGCAAGGAACCCUAGCUUUGCUUUUUCUUUAUCCUUCCUUUUCCCCUUUUUGAAACCUCCUUCUGCUUGAGCGUUUCAAGCACACGCCUUUCUCUCUACCACCCAAUCUCCACCUUCGUGUAAUCAUCGAUUAAGGUGGUGUAGGGCAACAUGUCAGAUCGAUUGACGCGUAUUGCCAUCGUCAGCAACGACAGAUGCAAGCCCAAAAAGUGUCGUCAGGAGUGUAAGAAGAGUUGCCCUGUCGUCAGAACCGGUAGAUUGUGUAUUGAGGUUACUUCUCAAUCAAAGAUUGCUUACAUAUCUGAGGAAUUGUGCAUUGGAUGUGGUAUUUGUGUUAAGAAAUGUCCUUUUGAAGUUAUCCAGAUUAUCAACUUACCUAAGGAUUUGGACAAAGACACCACUCACAGAUAUGGUCCUAAUACUUUUAAGCUUCACAAGUUGCCGGUUCCUAGGCCGGGGCAAGUGCUUGGUUUGGUUGGGACAAAUGGAAUUGGGAAGUCCACCGCCCUCAAAGUUUUGGCUGGAAAGUUGAAGCCAAACUUGGGUCGUUUCACUAAUCCCCCUGAUUGGCAGGAAAUUUUGACCUAUUUUCGAGGAUCUGAAUUACAUAAUUACUUUACUCGCAUUCUAGAGGAUGAUUUGAAGGAGAAUUUCUUUAAAUGAGAAGGGGUACACAAAUUCAUUGUUUAUCAUGUUGACAUUGACUGGAAUAUGUUGUAUCUGUGGCAUUGCUAUGUAGAAGUAACUACUAGUAGGUGUCUGGUAAGAUACUACAACUUAGAUAAUGUUUGCAGACCUGGGAAAAAUCCAAAUUCACCUUUGAUACUGUUAGUUUAUCAUUAACCAUAUCAUCAAAGUACUUCAGUAUUACAGAUUGGAAGACCUUAUUAUAGAGAAUAGAAACAUUGUUUAGAAGCUUUGAAAUCUGUAGUUAGUUACUACCUGUCCCUGUAUGUAAGACCAUCAUAUUGGUCAAAACACAAGAAUUAUUAUUAACCAUAUCAUCAAAGUAAUUCAGUAUUACAGAUUGGAAGACCUUAUUAUAGAGAAUACAAAAAUUGAUUGGAAGCUUUGAAAUUUGUAGUUAGUUACUACUUCUGUCCCUGCAUGUAAGACCAUAUUGGUCCAAACACAAGAAUUAAUAAAACUAGUUUUUACAUUAAUUGAAUUUGUCAAUAAUGUACAUUCUCUUGCGUAAAUGGCUGGUCUUUUAAUUCUUUUUAUUUAACUAGGUUUUUUUGUUGUUGUGGAAAAUAAUAAUUAAUGCAUCUUGUGAAAUUUGAAGAGGGACAAUAAAAUCUUACUAGAGGGUCUUAUAUAAGGAGUAUAUAUGAU